AUGGAAGCUAAUGCUAAGCUAUGUGCUCAUGCUGGGAAGGACUUGCAAGAUGGAGCAAUGUAUCGACAACUGGUGGGAAGUCUAAUCUACCUUACAUUGACUCGACCAGAUAUUUCUUAUGCAGUUGGAGUAGUAAGUCGAUAUAUGCAGCAACCAAAGAAGCCACAUUUGGAAGUAGUACGACGAAUACUGAGGUAUGUCAAAGAUACCAUUAACUAUGGUCUCUGCUAUAAGAAAGGUGAUGAGGUCAAGAUCGUUGGCUACUGCGAUGUUGAUUAUGUUGGAGAUCAUGAUACCCGACGAUCAACUACUGGGUAUGUAUUCAAGAUUGGAUCUAGAGUAGUGUCUUGGUGUAGCAAAAGGAAACCAACAGUGUCUUUGUCAACCACAGAAGCAGAGUAUAGAGCAGCAGCAAUGGCAGCUCAAGAAAGUACGUGGUUGAUGCAACUAAUGAAGGAUUUACACAAAUUCACAGAUUUUGCAGUGCCACUUUAUUGUGAUAAUCAGUCUGUUAUCCGCCUAGCAGAGAAUCCAGUAUUUCAUGCUCGAACAAAGCAUGUGGAAGUGCAUUACCAUUUUCUCAGAGAUAAAGUACUUUAG